UGCCGACUUCAUGUUGAAAAUUUCUCAUAGUUCCAUACAGAUGUGUCUUUGGAGUCAGAACCCUGUCACCUAUAUAUCCGGACUGGCAAAGUGUCAGCACUCAUAAAUGCUGUCUGGUUUGGAGGGCUGCAAAAUAGUGACUGUUUAGGGGGAAAAUUCAUAAUGAUGUGCCCCACUAGACACCCAGUCCUAGAGAAAGAUGGAUAAACUUGUUUAGCUCACAGGCGAAACUGUAGUUUAAACCUUCCAGACAACCAGAUGUUUUAGUUAAGAGGGAAAAAUAGUUGACUUUUGGGAAAACGAAAGUUUUAGACUAGAUGGCUGUCGGUGUUCUUCUAGUUCUAAUACCCUUUCAUUCUUUCAAUUUUCUAACACAGUCUGUGUAGCUCCAUGAGCAGAGAACAAAAGGAGGCGCGUGAAUUAACUUUCAGACUGAAGGUCUACUCUCUAGCCUAUUUUAAGCUCAAUUUACAGAAAUAAAGAACUGCCCUUUGAUUUUUUUUUCCUGCAAUAUACUUAUUCAUUAGAACUCCGCCCUUCUUCAGAAGAAACUGAGCAUUUCCUACUUUUCUGCUGUCUAUAUGUUUGAUUUGCACAGCUCAGCUGGCCAGAGGAGCUGAGACAUCCGUUUCCCCUACAAGAAACUCUCCCCGAUGUGUUUCUAAGGGUUAUUAAUUGUGGCAACACAGGAACGAUGACAAACGCGAACCCUAGAGAGAAGGAUUGAGCAAAAUGGAUUAUGAAACGACAAGUCCGAUGUACUACGACAUGGAUUACAGUGCGUCGGAGCCCUGCCAAAAACUGGACGUGAGGCAAAUCGCAGCCCGUCUCCUGCCUCCACUCUACUCGCUGGUGUUCAUAUUUGGUUUUGUGGGCAACAUGCUGGUCGUCCUCACCCUGGUAAACUGCAAAAAGCUGAAGAGCAUGACUGACAUCUACCUGCUCAAUCUGACCAUCUCUGACCUGCUGUUUCUUCUCACCCUCCCGUUCUGGACUCACUAUGCUACAAAUGGGUGGGUCUUCGGGAAUUCAGCAUGUAAAUUAUUCACUGGGCUGUAUCACACUGGCUAUUUUGGUGGAAUCUUCUUCAUCAUCCUCCUGACAAUUGAUAGGUACCUGGCGAUCGUCCAUGCUGUGUUUGCUUUAAAAGCCAGGACGGUCACCUUUGGGGUGGUGACAAGUGGGGUCAGCUGGGUGGUGGCUGGGCUUGUCUCUUUACCAGGAAUCAUCUUUACCAGAUCCCAAAAAGAAGGUCUUCGUUAUACAUGCAGCCCUCAUUUUCCAUCAAGUCAGUAUCAUUUCUGGAAGAAUUUCCAGACUUUAAAGAUAACCAUCUUGGGCUUGGUGCUUCCACUGCUUGUCAUGGUCAUCUGCUACUCGGGAAUCCUGAAAACCCUCCUCCGGUGUCGAAACGAGAAGAAGAAGCACAAGGCUGUGAGGCUCAUCUUCGCCAUCAUGAUUGUCUACUUCCUUUUCUGGGCUCCCUACAACAUCGUCCUUGCCCUGACCACCUUCCAGGAGCUCUUUGGCCUGGAUAAUUGCAAUAGCUCUAACAGGCUGGACCAAGCCAUGCAGGUGACGGAGACUCUUGGGAUGACACACUGCUGCAUCAACCCCAUCAUCUACGCCUUCGUCGGGGAGAAGUUCAGAAACUACCUCUUGGUGUUUUUCCGAAAGCAUAUCGCCAAACGCCUCUGCAAAUAUUGUCCAUCCUUCCAGCUGGAGGCUCCCGAGCGAGUAAACUCAGUUUUUACUCGAUCCACUGGGGAGCAGGAAAUCUCUACAGGUCUGUGAGCUGGACUUUGUCAUGCGCAUGGCUCAGCUACACACAGCCUGUGGGCGGGAGAGACCUUUUCAAAAGGGAAGUUACUGCCACAGAGGGCCUGAGUGUCACCCAUCUCUUUGGCAUCUGUUUUAAAAAUAUUAGAUAUUUAAGCCCAUCCAUUCUAGAAAGCCUAAUCAAAAUACAUUGAUGAAAUAGCAAUCUUUUCAUCUUCCCUCCACAUACAUCUACUUAUUGGCAAUCUCUUCCUUCACUGCAAGUAUUUAUUACAGAAAAAAAAGAAAAAAGUCCUUAGAGAAUUGCUGAUUCCUGAGUUUGGAUACCUGAACAGGAAUAACAAAAUUAAUCAAGAAAUUUAUUGUAGCAUUUCUUGCCUUGAGCGAGCCAGUGUGCAGGUUGUAAAUAUGCUUAACACAAGGUCCUUGUCCUGCCUUGGGGAGAAAAGUCAUGAACACCCAGCUAAGGAAUAACAUCUGCCACGUGUGGUUUCCCCUGGAAGGUAUAUAUGGCGCUUAAGCUCCAUAGGGGUUCAGAGCCAGGUGAAAGCCUGCAGCCGGUGAGAGCUGGGAAAGCUUCUUAACGAAGGAAGGAUUUGAGUUGGACGGUGUGUGAUAGAGGAGAGGAAAGCAGAACUUCAGGCUGCGCUGAAGGUUCUGCGUGAGCAAAGCUUGGCUAGGGGAAGACAUGCGGCUGGUUGGGAGGACCCUUGGGAAGAAGGGCAAGGCUGGAUCACAUUCCACCAAAGUUUGUGAGUGGAGCAGGGAGAUGCAGUGGCCAGGGUUGCAGAAGGCACAUUCCUGGGAAGGUGACUGAUUAGGGUGAGGAUCCCAGCAAACACUUAGGCCAGGAUAAGGAGGGGUUCACUAGGGUGGAGGCACUGGGGAUGAGAAGGCGGGCGUAUCUGUGCAGCACUUGGAUGCAGAGUCAGCAGGACUUAGGGGUGGAUUUGGGUUGGAGGUGAGGGGCAAAGAAGAGACAGAAAGAACCCCUAUCUUCAAGAGAGUGCAAGUUGAAGAUGCCUUUAAGGAGACAUCCAAAACACUAGACUUAUGAAGACGGGAGCUUGAGGUCUAGAGACACAUUUUCAGUCAGAUAUGAGAUCUAGGUGAGGAAUGAUCAGACAAUGUUAUGGGAUGAAUGGUGUCCCCAUAAAAUACGUGUUGGAAUCCUAACCACUAUACCUGUGAAUGUAAUCCCAUUUGGGAAUAGGGUUUUCUUUAUUGUGUUAAUGAGGCUUAUCAGCGUAAGAUGUGUCUUAAACCUACUUUUGAGAUAUAAAAAGAGCAGAUUAGACACAGAGAAAGCAACCACAAGAAGGGGAAAGAUAGAUGCCAUGUGGAGAUCCCCAAGGAACCGA